AUGUUAGGUGACGAUGAUGCAAAUCCAAAUGAGUUUGGUUCAAAUGGAGGAAAAAGACCCUAUACCUUAUUUCAGGGGCACUUAGGACCAGUUUAUUCAGCUUCUUUUAGUCCUAUGGGAGAUUUUAUACUUUCCUCUUCAGCCGAUUCAACAAUUCGGUUAUGGAGCACUGAACUAAAUGCAAAUCUUGUUUGCUACAAUGGUCAUAAUUACCCAGUAUGGGAUGUACAGUAUAGUCCUGUAGGACACUAUUUCGCUAGUGCAUCACACGACCGGACAGCAAGGAUAUGGUCUAUGGAAAGAAUACAACCUUUGCGAAUAAUGGCAGGGCAUUUAUCUGAUGUUGAUUGUGUGCAAUGGCAUGCCUAUCUCAUUUCCCUUGUAUUGAAGCAUUUAUCUAUCUCAUUUCAACAUUUCAUGUUUAAGGUGUAA